AUGAGCUUCAACGAUAUCGAAUCCGGCUACGGCUCUCCACGCUCCCAACCAGCCUCCUCACCUGAAGACGGCGCCUUCGCGAGCCUACAAAGCAGCCUCGCGCUACAAGUCUUCAAGAUCAACGCGAAUGUGCAGGGUAUACUGAAGCUCGUCGACCAACUCGGUACACCGCGCGAUAGCGCCGCGUUGCGCAAAUCAUUGCAUGAUUUGACGGAGACGACGCGCGCGAUGACCAAGCGCGGGAGCGACGAUUUGAAGAAGUUGGCGGCGCUGCAGGCGACACUGCCGGGGAAGAAGACAAGUAUGGCGAAGACGGCGCAUGAUUUCCAGAUGUCGUUUGUCGCGUUCCAGCGUGCGCAGCAGGCGUCGGCUGAGAAGCAGAGGACGGUGGUCGAGGGAGUGAAGCUUGCGGUACAUGAGGAUGAGGCACAAGCACAAGCCGGUUCUCCUUCGACAUCACCGCAACAACAGCAACAAGCUCAACAACUACAAUCUCAACUUUCCCCACACGAGCUCGCAUACCAGGAGUCACUGAUUCAAGAGCGCGAAGGCGAGAUUCGAGAGAUCGAGAGUGGAAUCCACGAGCUGUCCGAAAUAUUCCGCGACUUGGGCACGCUCGUAAACGAACAAGGCGCAAUGAUCGACAACAUCGAGUCGAACAUCUCCUCAAUAGCCGUCGACACCUCCGGCGCGGCAGACGAGCUGACCACCGCACACGACUACCAGCGCAAAGCUGGGCGCCGCGCCGCAUGUCUCAUGAUCAUCCUCGUGGUCGUCGUCGCCAUCGUUCUCCUAGCCGUCUUGUCCUAG